UCCAUCAUGCCCAUUCAACCGCUGCGUCCUCGUUCUCUCCGACCACCGCAUACCCCUCAAAAACCCUUUUCCAUCAAUGGAGCAGCAACCUCUGCUUUCAUCAGGGGAAGCGGGAGGGAAAGCGGAGGAGUCGUUGGUUUCGUACCAGUACGUCGGGAGGAGCCCGUCCGUGCAUGCACCCCCAUCGUCUGUCGCUGCCGGAAAGGAGUUGAGCGUCGAGGAGAUCCGAGCAGCCUCCGUCUUCUCCUCCGACCACUAUUAUCCGCCUUCCAUCCACGGGGCACUCGUCGGCUCCCCUGAGUCCGAUUUCUCCCAAGUUGUUACAGAUCAAGCUAUUAUUCCUCAAGGAGGAUACGAUGGGUACUCUGGUGGAUACAGCUCAAAAGAAUUUGGGAGGCAAAUUCUGGAUGAAGUGGAAGUACGACAAUUACUUAUUGACCAUGUGGGGCACCGCUGUUGUUGGGGAAGUCAACCUGCCCGUAGGUGGAAAAUAUGCUCAAUUGAGGACUGCAAUGUAUAUGUUGGAACUCUAGAAACUUUUAUAGAGGAGAGAGAAACUAUUGAAGAAAAAGAGCCAUACUUGGGGGGAAAAUUUGAUGGGAAAGAGAAGGGACAGGAAUUUGGGGUGUGGGAAUUGGAUCUGAGGUCUGAGUUUCCAAUUCUUUUUGUGCCACAAAAAGAAACAAGGGUUAAGAUCCCUCAUUCUGAAGCUGUUGAGAAAUGCCCUGAGUGUGAUAGUCGAGGCGAUAUAGUCUGCCCUACAUGUAAUGCUGGUCAAGAACGUGGUUUUUACAAGGAAAAUCAGAUGACCCAGUGUGCUCCUUGUUAUGGAAGGGGUUUGAUUGCUCAUCGAGAUGGAUCUGAUACAAUAUGCACAAGAUGCUCUGGGAAGGGAAUGUUACCGUGUGCAACAUGUGGAUCCCGGGGCCUUGUGAAAUGCCAUUCAUGUGAAGGACAAGGUUCUCUCAUUACACGCAACAUUGCUCUUGUUAAAUGGAAGACGCUCUCCAACCGGAAAGUUAGCGCCACCAGCGCUGCUGCCUCAGUUCCUGAUGAAGUGUUCCACAGAGCCAGGGGGGUCCAGCUAUGCAACAUUCAGGCAUACCAAUGCACACCUGCUUUUUUUGCCGAUUCAUAUCUCCUCAACAGGUUCUCGUCUGAAGUCAUUGCUAAUCGCUCUCCGAUUCCCCCCGCCGCAAGGGUCAUUUGUGAGAGGCACAUGAUCUCUGUGGUACCUGUCACACGAGUGACGAUGGGUCAUGGCAAUCGAUCCUUCAGUUUUUAUAUAAUUGGAUACAGCAGGGAGGUUUUCAUAAGGGACUAUCCUAAGAAGUUCUGCUGGGGCUUAUGUUGUUGCUUUGAUUGGCUGAAAGUAUAGUGUUCAUAGACUAAGUUGGAAAUGAUAGACUCGUGGAUGAAGGCAUAUGAAGAGUAUAAUUUGUAGUCGUUUGUGUCCCUAUGUUUUGAAGUAUAAUAAAGGUCUCACACUGCAUUGUUUGUAUGGAAGCUAAAGAUGUGGACGAACACAUAUGAAGAGUGUGAAAUGCAGUUGCGACUUGUAUCCAUGCUUUAUCAAUAUAAUAAAUGUUUCGUUCUGCUUUUGUUUUA